CCCACCCCCACCCCAAAUUCACCCUAUCCCUCUCGUCCUCCAUUCCCAUCUCAUUCCCCUGGCCAAGACGCCAACAAUCCCGUCAACUCCCGCGGCAUCUCCUUCCAGCACACAGAGCGCGGAAAGCGUCAAGCCACUAUCGAUCAUCAAUCGCGCCAGCGCAAUAUGCCCUCCGCAUACCAAAACAAGCUUUCCCCUUCAGAUCCAGAGGGCGGCGACUUUGGCGAUUAUGCAACAGAUGGCGACAGAGUUGACAGGAAGAAGAGCUUGGUUAGGCCAGACAGAGAAAAGAUCGAGCCUGGUCAUCGUCAAUGGCAUUAUCGUACCCAUGCCGCUCAGUUGGAGGGUACCGGCGGCGGCAGGGUGGGCGUCAUGCCCUCUACCACCGGAAAUCUCCCCCAGCAACGCGAGAAGCUUCGUCGCGGCAAGUCCCUCCUUGCAAGGGAGGAAGACGUACAUGAAUCCGGUCUCGCUUUAUUCAAACGUGGUACUACCUUGCGCCGUAAACGUCCCCAGGCUGCACCGCCUCCUCCCACCGUCACCGAUAAGAAGCGCACUUGUUUGGACAAUAUCGGCCCUGGCCCAAAGACUCCCUGGUUCAUUUACUGCUUCGUGCUCACAUGCUGGAUCCCGCCGUUCCUACUCAGCGCAUGUGGCAUCAAGACACCAGAACAACAACGGGCUUGGCGCGAGAAGAUGGGUCUAAUGAGUAUCAUCUUGACGCUCAUGGCUGGUGUCGGUUUCAUCACCUUUGGCUUCACCGAGACCGUUUGCGGAACCCCUCCUAAUCGCUUCCAUGCGGGUCAGAUUGAAAACGCAUCUGUCGUCAUUCACGGGUACGAUUACGACUUUUCCAACUUUAAGCACCCAGCCGUUGGCUCGUUCAACGGGCAGACCAAUCCGCUCUUAACGCCAGGAUGGAAUCUGGGCGGGAACGAUGCCAGCUUUUUGUUCCAGAUCACGAACGAGAACUGUUUAGGGAUCAUCACCAAAGCGAACGGCUCGAGUAUUACGGGAAGCGGGAAUGAUCUUGAUUGGUAUUUCCCGUGCAAUGUUUAUGAUCCGACCAGUACUGCAACGAACUUGACGGCGUAUACAUCGAAUACGAAUUGUCAUGUAUCGUCUCAGGCGCGUCAGGGGCUCCAGCAGAUGAACCCGCUGGGACAAGUGUACUACAACUGGGGAGAUGUCGCGGGCUCGGGGAGGAAUUUGGCUGUUUUUGAAUCCUCGGUUCUCGACCUUGACUUGUUGCAAUGGCUGAGUCCAGCGCAAGUAAACUAUCCAUCUCUGUUCGAUGACAUGAAAAAUGCGGACGGGACGUAUAAUGGCAAAGACCUGUCAAUGUUCUUUAUGCGCUCGAAUCAGCAACAACUUGCCCGGUGCCUUGAAGACACUAUCCUCGUCGGGUUCAUUGAUACGCAGAGCAUUGGUUGUGUCGCUUCAGAGGUCGUCCUCUAUCUCUCGCUCACCUUCAUCAUUGGUGUCGUCGCCAUCAGGUUCGUCAUGGCUGUCUACUUCGCCUGGUUCUACUCCUGGAAGCUGGGAAAUUUCCCACGGGAGACGUAUGAGCAGCGUAUGCAGCGAUCGCAGGAAAUUGAGGAUUGGUCGAAUGAUAUUUACCGUCCGGCGCCUAGCGAAUACCGCCCGAAUGUCGGCAAGAACGGGCUGAGAUUUGGAAAGGCGAGCAAGAAGACAUUUUUGCCUAGCCAUUCUCGGUUUACACCUCAGGAGAAUCUGCUUAAAGGCGCGAGUCCACGACCGACGACGACGUAUGGGAUGAUCGAUGCGCCGUAUAAGAGGAGCACAACGUAUUCGUCGCUAGGGAAGGCAGGAAAGGGGGCACCGCCCGAAUCACCUGGAAUUGGGUAUAGGCAGUCGAAAAGCACGAUGUCGUUUGGAGAAAAUGGUUCUGGAACGAUGUCUGGGUCUGGCGCAGCUUCUCCGCGUGCGACGUAUGUGGAGACGCCAUGUCCGUUCCCCCUGCACAACGUCAUUCCUCAACCGCCUCCUGACUAUGAGCCGUUCAAUUUCCCUCUGGCGCAUACAAUCUGUCUCGUGACUGCUUAUUCCGAGAGUGUGGAGGGUCUGAGGACGACGUUGGAUUCGCUUGCGACUACUGAUUAUCCGAAUAGCCAUAAGCUGAUUUUGGUGAUUGCGGAUGGAAUGGUGAAGGGCGCUGGGAAUGAUAUGACCACUCCGGAAAUUUGCUUGUCGAUGAUGAAGGAGUUUUUGAUCCAGCCGAACGAGGUGGAGCCGCAUUCAUAUGUGGCGAUAGCUGACGGACACAAGAGGCAUAAUAUGGCAAAGGUGUAUGCUGGUUUCUACGACUACGAUGACAACACUGUCGAGCACUCAAAGCAACAACGCAUACCGAUGGUUGUCGUCGCCAAAUGUGGGAACCCACUCGAAGUUGGUGACGCCAAGCCUGGAAAUCGUGGCAAACGAGACAGUCAAAUCGUGUUGAUGGGAUUCCUUCAAAAAGUGAUGUUCGACGAGCGAAUGACGACGUUUGAGUACGAGUUUUUCAACUCGAUAUGGAGGGUGACGGGUGUGAGUCCGGAUCGGUACGAGCUUGUGUUGUGUGUGGAUGCGGAUACGAAGGUGUUUCCGGAUUCACUGACGAGGAUGGCAUCGUGCAUGGUGAUGGAUGUGGAGAUUAUGGGGUUGUGUGGUGAGACAAAGAUUGCGAAUAAGACGGAUAAUUUUGUGACUAUGAUGCAAGUUUUCGAGUACUAUAUCUCCCAUCACAUGGUCAAGGGCUUCGAGGCCAUGUUUGGUGGUGUCACUUGUUUGCCAGGAUGCUUCAGUAUGUACCGUAUCAAGGCGCCUAAAGGUGACUCGGGGUAUUGGGUGCCCGUGCUCGCGAACCCUGAUAUCGUAGAACAUUACUCGGAAAACGUUGUCGACACACUUCACAAGAAGAACCUGCUACUUUUGGGUGAGGAUCGGUACCUAACGACACUAUUGCUCAAGACGUUCCCGAAGCGCAAGAACAUGUUCUGUCCGCAAGCCGUGUGCAAGACGAUCGUGCCUGAUACAUUCCGUAUUCUCCUGUCUCAGCGAAGAAGAUGGAUCAACUCGACUGUGCAUAACCUUGCUGAGCUAUUGCUCGUGAGGGAUCUUUGUGGGACUUUCUGUUUCUCGAUGCAGUUCGUCGUGGGUAUGGAACUGGCGGGAACGCUGGUGUUGCCUGCUGCGAUUAGUUUCACGCUCUAUUUGAUCAUCAUCUCGAUUAUUCCUGGAGGGACGAACACGACUAUCCCGUUGACGCUGUUGGCGAUUGUGCUUGGGUUGCCUGGUGUUUUGAUCGUUGUCACUUCGCGCAAGGUUGUGUAUCUGGGAUGGAUGAUCAUCUACCUCGUCUCGUUACCUAUCUGGAACGGUCUUCUCCCUGCAUAUUCCUUCUGGCACUUUGACGACUUUUCGUGGGGUCAGACGAGGAUGGUGGCUGGCGAUAAGGGUGGAGACCAUGGAGAUAAAGAGGGAGAGUUUGAUUCUACGCAUAUUGUGAUGAAGAAAUGGGCAGAGUUUGAGAGGGAGAGGAGGUGGAAGAGUGGAGUGCAGAGUAGGGAUUCGACAGUGUUUGAGAGAAUCAAUCGAUACUCUAUGGCUUCGAAUUCUGAUACUAACCACCCACCCUCGGCGAAUGUCGACUCAUCAACGACAGAGUCUGCGAGCCAUAGUGCAACCCCUCCCGUUCCUCGUAUCCGACACGAUAGCAAUACGCUGCUGACGUUGCCUGCGCCUCUCUCUGUCAAUAAGGUUAUAACAUCUGCAGCAUCCGCCUCUUCCGUUGGUCUCUCGCGAUCUAGCGAGGAUGCUCCGUAUAUCUCAGAACCUGGAUCAGGCUCACACGCACGGCUGAUCCCCAGCCCACAAGACAACUACAUCGAUUCAUACACCGAGUCUCCAACUCCGCGAAUUCCACAAUUCGAGACCCAGGUCGCACGAAGUGGUGGGGUCUUGCGCAAUCCGACGGUGUCAAGCCAGUACGUAGCUGAGACGCAGAAUCCCUUCCGAUCUUCUGAGCCUCAUGUCGCUGCCGCAUUCGAGGAGGCAGGGGGUUAUACGACAGAGCCUGAGGAGUUCACGCCGCCGCCGCCUGUUCCUGGUAAACCUGGGCGCGGUGUCAGUCUGGCUGAUAACGGGCCUGUCCCUGGUCCUGAGGGCGUGCGGAGGGUGGCGAGGCCUACGUCAAGACGGCCGACAUCGCAGACGCCUCAAAACCGAUAUUCACGGUCGUCUGCUGUAUAUAAUCUCCCGCCUGGUGCUGCACCGCCUCAACCUGGAGGAGGCUACAGCGGAGCAUAUUAAACAUUUGCUGGGUUUUUUUAAUCAUCUUUUGGCACUCGUUUCUUUCUACAUGGACUCUCUCUAUUUUUCCCCUGUGGCCGUCGUAGUAAUUUUCAUAUAAAGUUCAUGAGGACCCUAUUCGCCUGCGCAGUUGAUUCGUCUCCCCAUAUUUGUCAUACUUGGGUUGCUACAGAUUCACGGAUGCUUGAUGCGUUGUGCUAAUGGACUGUCUACACGAUACCUGACGAUAUUUCUUUUUCCUUGCCUUCCCUUCUUAUCUCGUUCCCGUUCAAGACAUGAACAUUUUACUCGAUCUAUGAUAGUGGCAGAAUGGCUCCUUUUUUACGAGUACCGCAAGAACUAUUACAAUGUUACAUGUAAUACAUCAAUAUGCUUGAUGCACACCAGAGUUACUCCAGUUU